GUUAGUUAUUGAUCCUAAAGAACUAUCCUAUCCUGUGAAUACACCAAGAGGAAGGACAGUGUAUAGUGUAAAAGAUAUACUGUCUGCUAUGGACAGGAGGGAAGAGUUUUUAGUUCAUGAUAAUGGAACAAGUACAGAAUUGAACAAGAUCCUACAUGAUGAAUCAUUAUUAGAUGUUAGUAACCUGUCACUAUUAGGAGGACGUGAUAUUAAGGAAUUGAUUCCAGUGACUGAAGAAUUUAACGCACCAUUGACUGCAAUAAAGCCAAAUAUUAAUAAUCUUGAUAUAGUCAUUAAAGAAUUAACAUCAGAUCAGCACUUGCCAUAUUCUGUAUGGCACAGACUAGGUCUACAGUUAGGAUUAUAUGAUCCUAGACUAGUGGAUAUAGAUAAGAAGAAUAGAGGAGAUCCAGUGGAGUGUUUCCGUGAGUGUAUGUCUGCAUGGGUAAAAGGAGAAGAUAAAGUGAGAGAGAAAGGAGGUCCCAGUUGGUCAUCAUUAGCCACAGCACUGGAUACAAUAGAAGAGAAAUCUAUUGCCAUUUACAUUAAAACAAAAUACGGUAUUAACCAAGCAUAAAAACGAUUAUUGUCUAGCUAAGCUUUAUAAAAUUGUAUACACUACAUUUUACAUGCAAUUCUAAUGUGAUGCAUGCAGGAUUUUUUUACUAAUUUAGUGCAGUGCAUUAUUGUUAGUUAUUCAUUUAUGUAAUUGUUAUUCAUGUUUUGCUAUU